AUGUUAAUAAAAAAUCGUAUGCAUUCAAAAAAUAUUUAUAAAAAACCUCCAAACUUUAAAGAAUUGGCAAUUAAGUUUCCAGAAUUUAGAAAAUAUGUUAAACAAGAUUUAUCUGGUCGCAUAACUAUUAAUUAUCAAGAUCAAAAGCGUGCUCUUGAACCCUCUGAAGGGAAACCACUGGGAAUCGACAUAGGUACCGGUAACGUUUGUAUAUAUUCAUUAUUAGGAGCCAGGAAAGGAUGGAAAAUGUAUGCUACUGAAAUGGAUCCAUUUAAUUAUAAAAAUGCAGUAACGAAUGUUAAUAAAAAUAAUUUGAACGAUUUAAUUUCGGUGAAAUUAGUUGAAAAUCACAAUCAAAUAUUAUUGGGAGUGAUUGAUGAAAAUUUAAAUUAUGACUUUUGCAUGUGCAACCCACCAUUUUUUGAUUACAAUGAAAAACCUGUGAAUAGAACAUUUAGACGACCUCAGGUUGAUGCUGUUGCUUCUAAUGUAAAAACAGAAGUGUGUUCUGAAGGUGGUGAAAUUUCUUUUAUAUCUAAAUUAAUUGAAGAAAGUGUAAAGUUAAAAACAAAAAUAAAAAUCUAUACCACCUUGGUUGGUAAAAAAAGUGAUUUUUUGUACUUGAAAAAAGUGCUUAUGAAAAUUUCACCUAAUUCUUUAACAUUUACUGAAUUUUGUCAGGGUAAAACAACUCGCUGGUGUCUUGCAUGGUCUUUUUUAAACAUUUCAUUAAAUAAUGUUAGUAAUAGUUUAGGUUCGAAUAGAAAAAGAAAAUCAAAACAUUUUUUCAAUUUUACAAUACCGCAUUACAGUUCAAAAGAGAUUAAUGAUGUUUUUACCAUCACCGCAGAAGUAUUAAAUCAGUUACAGUUCUGUGCCAAAAAAAAUACUUGGUCUCAUCAGAGAAGAAAAAAGCGAUUAGCAGCAAGACUAAAUGAAACAGUUAAUAAAGGAGAAACAAAUUUGGAAAGUAAAAGCAAAAGCAUACCUGUUUCAAGUGAGAAAAAAUUUAAAAAUGAUGAACAAAUUGUAGACAUACCUGAAAAUGAAAAUGAAGAAGAAGAAUGUAAUAUCGAAGGAGUAAUUAUUCUUAAAUGUGAAAACAUGUUGAUAACAUUAGAAAUGAUAUGGUUAUCUGGAAAUAAAGAAUAUUUUCAUCAAAUUUAUCAACAUUUUAAAAAUUAUUGGAAUACAAAACCUAAAAUGUCCGAAUAA